AUAUUUGGAUUCGUACACCAAUUGACGUUUCUCUAUCCAGAGCAUUAUUGGCUUACAAAAGUACAUAAUCGUAUAUUCAUAAUGUCAACCACUGGUGAAUUAACAGCAGGAAAUCGCUUUAUAUGAUAGACAAAUUAGAUUAUGGGGUAUGGCAACUCAAUUAAGAUUGAGGUCAGCUAAGAUUCUCUUGUUCAAUUUAGGUGCUAUCGGAGGUGAAGUUAUUAAGAAUUUAGUUCUUGGUGGGUUAAAUUCUAUAACUAUCGUUGAUGAUUCAACAGUUAAAGAAGAAGAUUUUGCUGCCCAAUUCUUUUUACCUAAUGAUGAUAGUAUUGUUGGACAAUUGAAAUUACCAUUAGUUAUUGACAGAAUAAAAGAAUUAAAUAAUAGAGUCAAUUUAUCCAUAGAUACUUCUCCCUUAAGUAGUAUCAUUUCAAAUCCUGAUUUCCUCAAACAAUUUAAUUUGGUGAUAGCUACUGAACUUACCAAGACUGAAUUAAUUGACUUGAAUAGUACAACAAGAAAGUUAAAUAUCCCCUUAUAUGCCACUGGUGGUCAUGGAUCAAGUGGUUAUAUCUUGACUGAUUUAAUAAAACAUACUGCAACUUCAGAAAAGGAUGCUGGUAAUGUUCUCAGACAAGCAAAUACAAAAAUCAAUAGAGUUAAAACCAUAACAGGAGUAAGCUACAAUGAAUCCGAUAAUAAAGAAACCAUAACUGUUCUUGAUGAGUAUUGUCCUAUUGCAGAUAUUUUUAAUUCUAAGGAAUUACCAAACCAAUUAAAUAAAAGACAAAUGAAAAGAUUAUCAGCUGCUUUCCCCUUAAUAUUUGCAUUAUUUGAAAUUCCAAGAUUAGAAGAUCCAGAAAGUAUAGUUGACAAAGAUGUUUUGAAAUCAACUGCUCUUUCCGUAUGUGAAAGUUUUGGUAUUCCUUCAAGUUUAGUCACAGAAGAGUAUUUGGAAGUUUUCAGUAAUCAAGCCUUUGCAGAAUUUGCUCCAGUCGCUGCUAUACUAGGCGGUACAUUGGCCCAAGAUGUCAUACAGUAUUUAAGUCAAAAGGAAAGUCCUAUAAAUAACGUAUUGAUUUUAGAUUCUAUAAAGUCUGAAAUGCCUAUUUAUGCUUUAUAAACAAAAAAAGUUAUCGUUAAAUAUAU